CUGAAUCUGCUUCUGAUUCCGGCUGUGCCGACCAGGCCCCCUCCCCUCUUCUCCCUCCUCCCGGCCGGGCAGCCCCGCCCCCGGCUGGGCCCAGGCCUGCGCCUGCUGCGCCCCCCACCCCCUCUUGGCACAGCUCGUCCGCCCUCACUGCAGCCGGGAGGAGGCGGCGGCCCCGGGCGCCCCAGGCCCCGCCCGCCCACGGCCCUUCCCGGGAGGCCGGGAGACCUGCUCGGCCCGGCCCUCGGUGGGUGAGUGCGAGCGCAGGGCAGCGGGUGGGGCCUCCGCGGGCGGAGGCACCGGGAGCGGGGGCGCAGCCUGUCAUCGCCGCGGGCCCAGCGGGAGGACGCGCCAACAUCCCCGCUGCUGCGCUCGGCCCGGGGCGCGCCCGCCGCCGCUCCCACCUCUGCGCCCGGGCUGGGGCCGCCCGGGGGCUUUGCACGCUCGGCACUGCGAGGCCGGCGGGCAGCGUCGUGGGACCCUGGCCGGCUGGCGCGCUCGCGGCGGCUCCGGCCAUGCCCGGCUGGCCGUGGGGGCUGCUGCUGACCGUGGGCACGCUCUCGGCCGCGCUGAGCUCGGGGCCGCCGGCGUCCGCCGACCCCUGCCACGACGAGGGCGGCGCGCCCCGCGGCUGCGUGCCGGGCCUGGUGAACGCAGCCCUGGGCCGAGAGGCGCUGGCGUCCAGCACGUGCGGGCGUCCGGCCACUCGGGCCUGCGACGCCUCGGACCCGCGGCGGGCGCACCCCGCGGCGCUCCUGACCUCGCCAGCGGGCUCGGCAAGCCCCCUGUGCUGGCGCUCGGACGCGCUGACGCAGGCCCCCUUCAACGUGACCCUCACCGUGCCCCUGGGCAAGGCUUUCGAGCUGGUGUUCGUGAGCUUGCGCUUCUGUUCGGCUCCGCCAGCCUCCCUGGCCCUUCUCAAGUCGCAGGACCACGGCCGCAGCUGGGCCCCCCUGGGCUUCUUCUCUUCCCACUGUGGCCUGGACUACGGCCGGCCGCCUGCCGCCGCCCGCGGCCCUGCUGGCCCUGGGCCUGAAGCCCUGUGCUUCCCUGCACCCCAGGUGCAGCCCGAUGGGGGUGGCCUCCUGGCCUUCAGCGUGCAGGACGGCAGCCCGGCAGGCCUGGACCUGGACAGCAGUCCCGUGCUGCAGGACUGGGUGACGGCUACCGACAUCCGAGUGGUGCUCACAAGGCCUGCCAGGCCCGGGGACGCCGGGGACGUGGAGAGCACGGCGCCCUACUCCUACUCGGCCACCGAGCUGCAAGUGGGCGGCCGCUGCAAGUGCAACGGGCACGCCUCGCGCUGCCUGCUGGACGCCCAGGGCCGCCUGACCUGUGACUGCCGGCACGGCACCGAGGGGCCCGACUGCGGCCGCUGCAAGCCCUUCUACUGCGACAGGCCGUGGCAGCGGGCCACAGCCCGGGAGGCCCACGCCUGCCUCGCUUGUUCCUGCAACGGUCACGCCCGCCGCUGCCGCUUCAACAUGGAGCUGUACCGGCUCUCGGGCCGCCGCAGCGGGGGCGUCUGCCUGAACUGCCGGCACAACACCGCCGGCCGCCACUGCCACUACUGCCGGGAGGGCUUCUACCGCGACCCGGGCCGGGCCCUGAGCGACCGGCGCGCCUGCAGAGCCUGUGACUGUCACCCAGUCGGUGCCGCUGGCAAAACCUGCAACCAGACCACAGGCCAGUGUCCCUGCAAGGACGGCGUCGCGGGCCUCACCUGCAACCGCUGUGCCCCCGGCUUCCAGCAGAGCCGCUCUCCGGUGGCACCCUGCGUCAAGACUCCUGUCCCCGGCCCCACCCAAGAGAGCCGCCCCGUGGAGCCACAGGACUGCGACUCGCACUGCAGGCCUGCCCGCGGCAGCUACCGCAUCAGCCUGCGCAAGUUCUGCCGCAAGGACUACGCGGUGCAGGUGGCGGUGAGCGCGCGCGGGGAGGCGCGCGGCGCGUGGACGCGCUUCCCAGUGGCCGUGCUCGCCGUGUUCCGGAGCGGCGAGGAGCGAGCGCGGCGCGGGAGCAGCGCGCUGUGGGUGCCGGCCCAGGACGCGGCCUGCGGCUGCCCGCACCUGCUACCGGGCCGUCGCUAUCUGCUGCUGGGGGGCGGGCCGGGGGUCUCGGCCGGAGCCGGGGGGGGCCGGGGGCCCGGGCUCAGCGCCGCCCGCGGAAGCCUCGUGCUACCCUGGAGGGACGCGUGGACGCGGCGCCUGCGGAGGCUGCAACGGCGCGAGCGGCGGGGGCGCUGCCGGGCGGCCUGAGCCCGCGGGCCGCGCUGGCCUGGGCGGGGCCCCGCUGCGCGCCGGGGCGCCCGUUCCGCCCCCGCUGUCGCGGGUCCCCGAGUCCCCACUCGUCACCGCCGGCGCUUCCCUGGGCCCCUAGGGAUGU